GGUCAGAGUUCAAGGCUCAAUUCAGAUGAACCGAGACUGAGUUAAAAUGCCGGCGCUGGCAACCGCGAUGUUGUUGCCCCGGUUACAUGUUGCUGCAGCGGCUGCAUUCCACCGUGCACUAGCUACAACUACUUGUGCAGCUGUGGCACAAUCUCUGCCUGAACAAGUGAAGAUUGUAGAAGUUGGACCCCGAGAUGGUCUACAGAAUGAGAAGGUCAUUGUUCCGGCUGAUGUUAAAAUUCACUUAAUUAACCUUCUCUCCGAGGCUGGGUUGCCUGUUGUGGAAGCAACAAGCUUUGUCUCUCCAAAAUGGGUUCCUCAGAUGGCUGAUCAGAAGGAAGUGAUGCAAGGAAUCCGAAAGUAUCCAAAUGUGAGGUACCCAGUGCUGACUCCCAACCUGAAAGGGUUUGAAAGUGCAAUCAAGGCAGGUGCAAAAGAGGUAGCCAUCUUUGGAGCUGCCUCAGAAAUGUUCAGCAAAAGGAACAUUAACUGUUCCAUUGACGAGAGUCUACAACGGUUUGAAGAGGUGAUGAAAGCAGCAAAGGAUUCAAGCAUUCCAGUCCGAGGAUAUGUAUCCUGUGUCCUUGGCUGCCCUUAUGAAGGAAAUGUUUCCCCAACUAAAGUUGCUGAGGUGGCCAAGAAAAUGUAUUCCAUGGGUUGUUACGAAAUAUCCCUGGGGGAUACAAUUGGUAUAGGAACACCUGGCAGCAUGCGAGAAAUGCUGACCGCUGUAAUCAAGGAGAUUCCAGUCAGUGCACUAGCAGUACACUGUCAUGAUACAUAUGGCCAGGCUCUUGUCAAUGUCUUUACAGCACUAGAGAUGGGAAUUUCAACAGUGGACUCAUCAAUCGCUGGCUUGGGUGGCUGUCCUUAUGCACAAGGUGCAUCCGGAAAUGUGGCAACUGAGGAUGUAGUGUACAUGUUGAAUGGGCUGGGAAUUCACACUGGAGUGGAUUUGCAGAAGUUAUUGGACGCUGGUGGAUAUAUCUGCAGAGUCCUAAACAGGAAAACCAGCUCUAAAGUUGCUCAGGCAUCUUGCAAAUUGUAGUAAUCAGUAAACUAUUAUGUACAGACUGAAUAGAUGGAAGUAUGGACAAAUAUUGUAAACAUUUUCCAUCCACAACUUUCUUGUUGUAAUUCCUGUAUAUAAUAUUGAGCUAGAUUCUGAAGUGUAAUUGUUUAAUCACUUAUUCCUCUUAAAGAGAAAGUUACUGUAGCUUCA